AUGAAGUGCGAUGGGAAGAAGCCUCGCUGCUCACAUUGCAUCACGUAUGAGAUAGAUUGUACCUACACAGCACCCAGCCGCACGUAUCCACCGAAAAAACGACGGCGCUACGCAAAGGGUGAGGAUGGUGUCAGUACUGCACUAGGUCGCUUGGGACGACUAGAAUCCCUAGUCCAACAGGUCACCGAGCGUCUAGAUGUUGCUGGAAAGCAAAAUGAACUUGAACCUCUACUCCAGCGCGAGGAGGCGAGUGCAAUUCCCACAGUAAUGCCGGUAAAGAUCACAAGAAGCGAAGACGAUAAUAAAUCUACCAAAUCGAUGAUGCUACCUCCGUUAGAGCAGGUUCUGCCUGUCGUAGAACUCUACCUCCAGGACUUCAACUCAGUUUUACCACUGUUCCAUGCCGAUGCUCUCCUGCAGUUGGUCCGCGAUUGUUAUAGUGUUGGACCCCUACAGCGCGACCCAGUAGUGUGGGCUGCCAUACAUGUUGUGCUGGCUCUCGCACGGCGAUACAAUCUUGUGGCUAGUCAUAAUGUUCCUUCUUUGGCUGCAUGUCUUAGUAGGGCAGAGUCGGUGCUGUCUAGGGUAGUGCUAGGCGAUAUCCAGCUACUCAACAUUCAGGUUUUGGUGGGCAUGGUGAUGCUGCUGCUUGAGGUCUCGCAAGAUCUUAAGCCUGCGCUGGUCUUGAUUGCCACAACAAUACGUCUCGCACAUUCAAUUGGCCUGCAUGACCAGGCCUACUCGACACACCUGGGUUCUGCCCAUGUGAGACAGCGAGCUGGCGUAUUCUGGCUCGCGUAUAUCCUCGACAAAGACCUCAGCAUGCGCUCGAAACAGCCCUCGAUCCAGAUUGAUGACGACAUCAAUCUUGACUUGCCUUCGCCAACAAUCCUACAACAUAACGAGGAUACGAGCAAAAUCAACGAUACCAACGACAGUACAGGUGUCAUCACUACCGCCGACGGCGCCGUCAAAAUGAACUACCUUACGGCACGCAUCCUACUAGCUACUGUUCAAGGUGGUGUAUACGAUUAUAUAUACUCAACACGCUCUCGAAAACACAGUCCAGAAGAGCGGUCCCAUGCAUUACAGAGCGUAGCUUGCGCACUUGAUCAGUGGAAAGCUUCUAUUCCAUCUGAAUUCAACGCCGCAGAGGGCUCAAGAAGAGUAGCUCCUGGUAUGCUACGCUUUCUUGGAGUAUUGCAUUCCACGAGUCUAUCUUGCACAACUCUUAUAAACCAAGCUCAUGCCUGGGACGAUGAGUGGAUGGCCAGUAUACGCAGAUAUGGCAGACAAGGCAUUGAACCACUACUGCCACCAAAGUGGGAGGUGUUGGUAGCCGAGGCCCGCGGUUUGCUGGUCUUAUUUGGGGCAUUAGGGGGAAUAGAUUGCUCGAACUUCUGGACAACAGGAUGUACUUACAUGACGGCUAUGGUGCUUUUAAUAGCCAAUAGCAUGCACAGACCGAAACACAGUGACUCGUCCUUGGAUAGGCAGCUUGUAGACUUUGGUUUACAGACAGUUGACAGGAUGGUGAAGGAGACUGAGAACGAAACGAUACGAUCCUGUCAGGCUACUUUUGCUGAACUGCAUCAGCUCAUGCAAAAGAGAUGUGCUGAAUCAGCCAUAACGGCCAACAAUGUCGACUGGGCUUCGUGCUUGGUAGAUAUGCAGCAUGGAAUUGAGGGAAAUAGCCACCAGGAGGACUUCUAA